UGAUACUUGGUACAGCUUCGAUGUCCGUGACAUUCCUCUUCGCUCCUAUCAUAGUAGCACUCAGUAGACGCAAAAGUACUCGACUUCUGUCCAUUCUUGGGGGAUUAGUCGCUGCCCUUGGAUGCCUCUUCACUUCCUUUGCCUCACAGUUCCAUCAACUAUAUUUCAGCUACGCCAUCAUCCUCGGUACCGGUUUUAGUCUCACCAGAAGUACCUCCUCCAUCAUGGUUGGCCAGUACUUCAAGAAAAAGAGAGAGCUUAUGGAAAUAUUUGUGAUAUCUGGUACUGGAAUUGGGAUGGCAACAGUACCUCUGCUUGUCACGCAGGCUGUGAGUUCAUUAGGUUGGAGGCUCGGUCUUCAGGCGAUAACGGGUAUGACCUCUUUGACCUUCAUACUGGGCAUCUUCUACAGGCCUGCAUCUCUCUACCAUCCUCAGAGAAGAGCCAUCCUGCACUUGAAGGGUCUGCAAAAACGUUCGAAGGCAAAAGAUAAGAACAUCCAGAAGGAAAAGCCACCCUUCUUCGAUUUUUCUGUUCUGAAGUCCAGAACUGUGCAGAUAUUGAUAUCUGGAAGUGCCUUGUCAGCUUUUGGCAUACACGCACCCAUCCUAUUAUUGAUGCAUCAAGGCAAAGAGGAAGGUCUGGAACCAAACUCUCUACUUCGUUUGCAAACCUAUUUAGGCUUAGCGUCUGCAAUUGGGAGUACGGCUUUCGGCUUCAUCGUAGUCAAGAACAGCAUGCAGUGCCUGAUUGCGAGACAAUAUUUGACUCAAGCAUCGGUCUUCAUGCUUGCAGGAUCCAUACUGGCAUUUGUCUCCCUAAAGGAAUAUAGUGGUUACGUUCUUUUCACGUGGGUUUAUGGUUUCUUUUAUGGAGGUUACCUCUAUUCCUUAAAGACGUUCACAUUUGAGAAAGUGAGAGCAAGGAACUUUUCACGAGCUUGGGGAUUCAUCCAAUGCAGUCAAGCUGUACCCAUGUUAGUUGGAGUGCCAUUGACUAGCUAUUUUAACCACGAAAAUGGAGAUAGAGCUGGAUUUUACUUUGCGAUUGUUUGUAUUUUUGUAGGAGGAAUGCUCCUAUUUUUCAUAGAUGUUCACAAAAGAAAUGUAAAACGUCAAAAAAGUAACACUAUGAGCUCUAACUAUGAGCCAACAGAAAAUGAACGCAUGGACAGAAGAGCUUAUUUCAAUAGACGUGUGACACUCCAAGAACUCGCCAAUGCACGAAUUUUAGCCAAGCACAAAAUCUCAAAUGACUUGUUGCACAGGCAAGAACUGACUUGCAUUUCGGAAGAAGUGAUGAUGGAAAAUAUAUUCGACGACUACAUCGAUGACUGUAUUACAUCGUGCAACAAGGAAGAAAAAUACUUAAUGCUCAGUGAAUUCGAAAACAAUUUAAUCAACACUCAAGAGUCGUCUAGCGUCAGUCAAGAAUUUCGAAAGCUCGCGAAGGAACGUAAAAUAUCCAUUGUCACAACACCCUCUUUAGAACAGUGUCCGAAUUGCUUAGGAGUUGUGCCAAUAGAUGGCAGCAUUGAAUGUGGAUUUGAACGAGAGCCAGAUCCUGCUGAUAUUCCAUUGAAAACUCACGUUUCAAGAUCGUCUGCUAAAAGGUUAACGGCAUCAAAGAAGAAAACUAAAUCCAAUUCUAUUCAAAAUGAUAUUAUUGACGAGGUUACGUCGUCUCUCUAAUAAAAUUUUUACCAGUUUUUGUUCAUGAAUUUUCCUAUUCUGAAGAAGAUGGCAAAACCAUGCUGAAAAAAGCAGUUGUAAUCAAAAUUCUAAUAAAAUUUUGAAAAAUUCUAAA